AUGUGGCUGGCUACAUUUAUAGACCAUCUGCUCCCUGCACACCUGCUCCACCGGCGAGGGACUGCUACUAUCACCCACUGUGCUCUGCUCUGGUGGAUAUUAUGCUCCUGCUGGUCAUUUACCAAGGCCACCAGCCAAAAGUUCUACCCGACGGUCACCACCCAGUUCGGGAAGCUGCGAGGGCUGAGGGUCCCCGUCCCCAGUGAAGUGCUACGGCCCGUCGACCAGUAUCUCGGGGUCCCCUACGCCGCCCCGCCGGUGGGAGACAAGCGUUUCAUGCCCCCGGAUCAGCCGACCGCUUGGUCGGGCGUAAGGAACGCCACCCACUUCAUGCCCGUAUGCCCGCAGAACAUCCACAGCACAGUGCCGGAGAUAAUGAUGCCCAUAUGGUUCACCUACAACCUGGACACGGUCGCCUCGUACAUUCAAGAUCAGAGCGAGGACUGUUUAUAUCUCAACAUCUACGCUCCGACGGAGGAAGGGAGCCAACACAAGAAAAAGGGGGCAUCUUUUUCUCAUGUUGAGACUCAUAUAUCAGAAGAUAUAAGGGACUCAGAAGCUCGACCCGUGAUGGUAUACAUCCACGGAGGCUCCUAUAUGGAAGGCACCGGGAACAUGAUGGAUGGCAGCGUGCUGGCCAGCUACGGGAACGUUGUUGUCGUCACGCUCAACUACAGAAUUGGAAUAUUAGGAUUUCUCAGUACUGGAGACCAGGCCGCGAAAGGAAAUUACGGACUUCUAGAUCAGAUUCAAGCUCUUCGUUGGAUCAGUAAGAACAUCGGCUAUUUUGGAGGGGAUCCGGGUCGUAUCACGGUUUUUGGAUCUGGAAUCGGCGCUUCCUGCGUCAGCCUGCUAACGCUAUCCCACCACUCAGAAGGUUUGUUCCAUAGAGCCAUCAUUCAAAGCGGUUCUGCGCUCUCCAGCUGGGCCGUCAACUAUCAACCGGUCAAAUACACUCGGAUGCUCGCCGAAAGAGUGGGCUGCAACGUGCUGGACACCGUAGACAUGGUCUCCUGCCUGCAGAAGAAGACGGCUAAAGAGCUAGUGGAGCAAGAAAUCCAGCCCGCCCAAUACCGAGUGGCAUUCGGACCGGUUAUCGACGGGGACGUGAUCCCCGACGACCCAGAGAUUCUGAUGGAGCAGGGUGAAUUCCUUAACUACGACAUCAUGCUCGGCGUCAAUCAGGGCGAAGGCCUGCGCUUCGUGGAGAACGUGAUGGACUUAGAGGACGGCGUGUCCGGAAGCGACUUUGACUUUGUGGUAUCUGACUUUGUGGACAGUUUGUACGGUUACCCAGAGGGAAAGGACACGCUGAGGGAGACCAUCAAGUUCAUGUACACCGACUGGGCCGAUAAGGACAAUCCGGAAACUCGACGGAAAACCCUGGUGGCUCUUUUCACAGACCACCAAUGGGUAGAACCCUCAGUGGUGACGGCCGACCUGCACGCCCGCUACGGUUCUCCCACCUACUUCUACGCCUUCUACCACCACUGCCAGAGCCUCAUGAAGCCCGUGUGGUCCGACUCGGCGCACGGCGACGAGGUGCCUUACGUGUUCGGCAUCCCCAUGAUCGGCCCGACCGACCUGUUUCCCUGCAACUUCUCCAGGAACGACAUCAUGCUCAGUGCCGUGGUUAUGACUUAUUGGACCAACUUCGCCAAGAGUGGGGAUCCCAACAAACCAGUACCCCAGGACACCAAGUUCAUCCACACCAAAGCCAACCGCUUUGAGGAAGUAGCCUGGUCCAAGUACGACCCCUACGACCAGCUAUACUUGCACAUCGGCCUCAAACCUCGCAUCCGCGAUCACUACCGCGCCACCAAAGUGGCCUUCUGGAAGCACCUGGUCCCUCAUCUCUACAACCUCCACGACAUGUUCCAUUACACUUCCACCACCACCAAGGCCUCGCCGCUGGACCCCACCCAGUCCGCCGGCAAGCGAUCCGGAGGCACCGGCCGCCCUCCCGUGUCCACGGGCCUGAACGGCGACGAAAGCGGAAGGGAGAUGGGUCCUCUGAUCAUGCCCAACCCUAGAGAUUACUCCACAGAGCUCAGCGUGACCAUCGCCGUGGGGGCGUCUCUGCUCUUCCUCAACGUGCUGGCCUUCGCCGCGCUCUACUACCGGAAAGACAAACGCAGCCGGCAGGAAACGUCGCAGCAGCCCAGCCCUCAACGCGACAGCAAGGGCAACAACGUCAGCCACGCCGCCACCGUGGAUGAGACCCUGUCCAGGAACCAAUGCGAGGCCCUCCACAAUCCUAUUCACGUGUCACCCACCCUGGACUACAACCUGAGCCAGCGCCGCUCUCCCGACGACAUCCCGCUGAUGACGCCCAACAAUAUCACCAUGAUCCCCAACUCGCUGAUGGGUCUCUCCAACAUGAGUCCCUACAGCACCUUCCCGGCUGGCUACAGCUCGGCGGGCUUGCCCAGCACCCACUCUACCACGCGGGUAUAA